UCAAACGAUUGCAUCCGGUCUUUAGGAGGAAUGGAAAGAGAGCAUGUGAUGUUACUUUUGGACGUUAUUAACAUCCAUUUAACAAGGGCAAACUCCAUCUUAACUCCUCCUCCACGUUUAUUCGAUUGGUUGAACAGUGCAAAAGAGAACCUCCCCGAUAGUUAUUUUCUCUCGUCAGGAUCAGAAAGUAAUAAACACCGCUCAGGCGUUUCUUUUAAGAAUGCUGAAUACUUUCCUUAUGUUGUGUUGUACGACAGUAGAUACGGCUGAACCUCAGACUGUUACACAAUACAACGGACCUUUCUUUUUCAGAUACUGAUUCUCGGCAGUUAAGGUCCAGUAUGGUGGAUCAAGGAUAUGUACAGGGCUGGCACCCAGCUGGAAAGGACCCCUCUCAGAGCCACCUGGGGGGAUCCUAGACCGCCAGCGACGACGGGUCUCUACGUUCCUCACUACGUUAUUUUCUACCCAAAGGCCUCGGUCACUCUCCCUUGCCCCUCUCUCAACCCUCUAGGUCUCAACCAACAGAUUUUAUACCAAAUCAUACCCCAAGCUCUUACUCUUAACUUCAGUCCACAGCCCAUAAACCUCCAGUCUAACUGACCAUGAGGGGACAGAAGGUGAGCAUGUUAUUGGGCUGUGCUCUCCUCUGUUCCGCCUCUCUCCUCUACCUGGGCCUGAGUGGCAUCGACUGCCCUCCCCCUGACCACGCCCACCGCCAUACCUGGGCAGAUGCCCACCUGGGCUCCACCAAUCAGAGCCAAGCAUCUCCCAUUUACUAUGGUGAGGACACACCCCUCAUUUUCAUAGGUGGGUUCCCUCGGAGCGGCACCACACUGAUGCGGGCCAUGCUGGAUGCCCACAAUGCAGUGCGUUGCGGGGAGGAGACACGGGUGAUCCCGCGUCUUCUUGCCAUGCGUGCCACCUGGAGUCGCUCGGCCAGAGAGCGGGUCAGACUGGACGAGGCCGGGGUCACUGACCAGGUGUUGGACUCAGCAGUGCGGGCGUUCUUACUGGAGGUAAUAAUAGGUCAUGGGGAGCCAGCAGCCAGGCUCUGUAACAAGGAUCCAUUUGCUCUGAAGUCUCUGUCCUACCUGGCCCGUAUUUUCCCCCAGGCAAAGUUUGUUCUCAUGCUACGGGAUGGAAGGGCUACCGUCCACUCCAUGAUCUCACGCAAGGUGACCAUCUCCGGUUUUGACCUGACUAGUUACAGGGACUGUCUAACUAAGUGGAGCCGUGCGGUGGAGGGCAUGUACUCCCAGUGCCAGGGAGCGCCUGAGGGCAGCUGUCUGCCUGUGCGCUACGAGCAGCUGGUACUGCACCCAGAGGUAGAGAUGAGGAAGCUGCUGAGCUUCCUGGGGUUGCCAUGGGACCCGGCCGUGCUACACCACGAAGACCUUAUUGGCAAGGCCGGCGGAGUGUCGCUGUCCAAAGUGGAGCGGUCCACAGACCAGGUUGUGAACCCUGUAAACACAGACGCCCUGUCUAAGUGGGUGGGUCACAUCCCCUCUGAUGUGCUGCGUGAGAUGGAUGACAUCGCCCCCAUGCUCGCCCGCCUCGGCUACGACCCCCUGGCAAACCCCCCAGACUACGCCCGGCCAGACCCCAUCAUAGCCCCCAACAACUACACACUGCUUCAGAGAACAGAAACCCUACAUCCCAGUUAGGUGGAGAAGGAGGUAAACACAAGGCACUUUGGACAUUCUAGAACCCUCUCCAGUUCCACAUUCCAUGCUCCUUUCCCAUUGGCUUCUCAGCCCACCAUCAACCCCACUAAAGAGGAUUCUAAACUGCAUCUGUGUUUUUGCAUAGGCCACCGUGACUGUUAGCCUAUGUUGUGUUAUUUGAGGGUAAUGGGGGCAUCAAAUAUGGAUCAGUUUAUUGCUCCACCAUUCUGUGGGACAGUGGGAUGCCACUGUGUGGGAACGCUGGUGCCUCUUCCCUUGACUCAUUCUCAGGAAAGUCCCCUGUCUGAAACUCUGCCUCCUCUCCCUCCACCUAGCCCUCCAUGUACCAAUACUGUUGCAGUGUAAUGUGAAUUUGUACCACAAUUGUUGAACCUGAUACCAUUUCUAUAUGCUUCUUAACUUCCUGUCACUCAUCCAAAAUCUGUGAACAUGUUUUUGGAAAGAUCUGUGAGAGUGUGUGUGUGUAUAUAUAUAUGUGUGUGUAAGUAGGCAUACAUUUAUAUUUUUCAAGAUGUCAUGUUUAUUUUCUUAAUAAAUUAUUUUGUUGGAGAAUUCAUUCAGUAUUAGUUUGUAGCUUGUUUUGUCAAAAUAAAUAAGGCAAAUCACUGUA